CGAAAUCUCAUUCAGUGUGUAAUCAGGUAUUUAAACCGGCCACACACUACCCCAGACAUCAUUCACUCUUCAACCACCAAAGCAAAAACUCAAAUCAACCAACAUGUUCAAGCUGGUGGCUUUCGUUGCUAUUCUCUCCGUCGCCGCGGCUAAGCCAGGCAUCCACUCCGUGGCGUACUCCGCGGUCCCAGCAGUAGCACCUGUUGCAUACACUGCGGCGUACACUGCCCCUGUUGCCGCCGCUUACACUGCUCCUGUUGCCGCCGCUUACACUGCUGCCGCAUACACUGCUCCUGUCGCAGCUGCGUACACUGCGUACUCUCCUUACGCCGCAGCUUACACGGCUCCUGCGUUCACUUACCUCCGUAAAACAGGACGGGACAUUAUCAUCAGUGUUAGAUACGCAUUGUCUAAACAAACAAUCAACAUGUUCAAGAUUCUGAUCUUCGCGUGCCUGGUGGCGUUCGCCGCGGCCAAGCCGCUGGUGGUGAGCUACGCGGCGCCGGUGGCGGCGGCGUACACGGCGCCCGUGGCGGCCGCCUACUCCGCGCCCGUCGCCUACUCGCCCUACUCCGCCUACUCGCCGCUCGCCUACUCCGCUUACACCUACGCUCCCUACUCUGCCUACUACGUCUAAGCAAUAUUGGUCUCGAGUUUAAGUUAUUUAUUUAUUCUGUUUUGAGACUAAAUUAUUGUUUAAAAUAUGACUUACGCUACGCUCAAUAUGACUAUUAUGCCGAAUAAACACGGAUUAUAAGUUCUC